CAAGGUUUCAGAUAUAAAUGAUAAAACAAAAACUUUCUCGUCCGAAGAUCCUUCUAACGCUCUGAAGAUUGUUCGGGAUUUUUCUGAUCGUACGUCAUAGUUUUCUUUUUCCGGAAGUACUAUACUUAGCGCCAAAAAGAAAAAUGUAAACAACUACUUUGAACAAGAACCGAGUUAAAUUGUUAAUGUUUCAUAGAGAUUUGUCAGUGAUGGCAUCUUCAGAAAAAGAAAAUUGGAUGCAAGAAGAACUAGAAAAUCAUCAAAUUGAAAUUGCUGCAGCAUCUGUUGAAAUUGGAGAGCUUUCUGUGAAAGAUUUAGAUGACAAAGUUUCCAACAGACUCGAUGAUUUAUUUGAACAGACUAUGUACCGGGAGAGGUUGAAUAUGGUCAAGAAGAGGGUAGAGAGAAGCGAGGCCAUCAUUUCAGAGCUGUUUGAAAACUCCGAGAGAGGGGGUGGUGACCCUCCAACCAAAACACUGGAACAAGAGUACCUUGAGAAUCUUCUGGAGAGGCAGUGCUCAGUAGUCUCCGACAUCAUGAGGACAUUAAAGGAGUGCAGGAAAUAUCAAGAGGAACUAGAUGAAGUGAAAAAGGAUAACCGAGAUAUACAGAUGAAGAACAGACAACUGCUGAGAGAAUUGAAAGAGAAACAAGAAAGUCAGAAAAAUAUAUCAGACCAAGAAACUAAGAGUUUGUGUGAGGAGCUGGACCAGCAGCUACAGAUGAUCUCCAUCACUAAGUGUAUACUUCAGGGCCUGAUCGUGGGUAGUGGUGUUCACUGGGCGGACGACCAACAGCUCCAGGAGCUCGUCAUCAAGCUGGGAGACGUCCUCCAGAUAUAGGCCAUCACAUAACUACAUCAUCAAGCUGGGAGACGUCCUCCAGAUAUAGGCCGUCACAUAACUACAUCAUCAAGCUGGGAGACGUCCUCCAGAUAUAGGCCGUCACAUAACUACAUCAUCAAGCUGGGAGACGUCCUCCAGAUAUAGGCCGUCACAUAACUACAUCUGUAGCUCUGAUCAAAUUAGUAGUUGUGGUAUAGACCAACUGUGAUGAACUACAUCCAUAGCUUCGAUUUGUAUCAUAUUGGUGGAGUCUUAUAAAAUCAUGUCAAACUUGACCUGACAUUGGUGUGAUUAUAUACUCUGAGGGUGAAUGAUUCCGAGAUGUAAUUUGCUUCUAUACUGAAUAGAGCUGGGACAUGUAUUCCGAUUUGGCACAAUGGUCACUAGGAUGAAAAGCAAGGUAACGACUGCAGUUUUGUCUACAUGCAGUGCUAACUUUUUUUCUUUUGAAGACGGAUGCAUAGAUUACACAAGGUGAAAAGUGUGUAUAUUAUUCAGAUGUCAUUGAUGUUUCGUUCCCUUGUAAGCUGUAUACAUAUUUGCAUUGGGAUGUGAAAUGCAUGUUUUGUGCCUUUUGCAAAUGUAAAAAUAAAUAUAUUGUACAGUG